CGCGUGAACUUUGAAAGUCGAGCAGUGGCGGAUUCACGCAUGCGUGUCGCACUUUCCAUGUUUUGUUCCUUUCUCUCAUUCGCCUUAUCAAUCCGCGCGUACAUCUGUCUGUCUCGUUUAGUCAUAUGCAGGGUAAGAGAGCGCAGUCAAACUUUCUCAUAAUGUCAAGCGGAUCGUCGAUAUCGAUGCGCUUUAGUAGCGACAAGAACGUAAAGUAUGUAUAUCACAUGUUGGCAUAUAUGCCUAUAUACAUCUUCGUGCGCGUCGCGUCAUCCAGUCGGCAUCUGUCAUCGUCCCGUGGUAGAGUCGUAGGCGUUUGUCGGCUCGCUGAAUCCGCCAAGGCCGACCAAGAUCUGUCAACCGUGACGUGCUGACAGAAAGCACGCGCGGAAAUACGAUACAGUUAGUGCAGUGUGCGUCAGCUGUGCGACGCGACGCGCGCUCCAAGCUUCAAUGUCUUCGUCGCGGUCUGGCGAGCACGUCGCCGAUUAUGAGCGAUUUAACAACGAGACAGGCCUGCCGCUCGACCAAGAGAUCUCCAAUGGCUCCAGUCGACAAUAUGGUUCCAUGCUGUCUUCGCCUUCCUCAGAAACUUAUGUAAGGUCUUCGUUUGAUAAUGCUAAUACUGCUAAUCAGAUAGAUUGUAAAUAUGAAACAGGUGAAACAGAAGCUAGAAGCAUGACUGAGAAUAUAGUAUUUACUGCGUGCGAUACAUCUCUUGAUAUGGACAUGCAUUGGGAAAUGAAUUAUCAUGAAGCUUCAAUAUUUUUAGAGGAAGGUAGAAACAAUGAGAAAUUUGACUCUCAUCCGAGACAUCCUGAGGAUUUGCCAGCAUACCUAUUAGUUCAUAAUAGUUGUUACAAUGGAUUGGAUUUGCUGAUUUCAUUAAUUCUGCUAUCACUUGCAUUUGUAGAAGAACCUGCUCUUCCAUUAUUUAAAGUAUCAGUGUGGGUACAUGGUUCAGUAGAAUUACUUGCUUUAAUUACUAUUGGUGUGGAAUUAGCUUUAAAACUGAGAUGGACUGGUUGGGCCCCUAUGUUAAAACAUAAACGUACAAUGUUGAAAUGUAUCACAUUAAUUAUUAUGUUUCUCGAAGCUAUAACAAUCCUGAUACGGCAGUCUUCGCAUUUUCGUGUAACGCGUGCUCUAAGACCUAUCUUUCUAAUAGACACAAAAUAUUGUGGAGGUGUAAGGAGAUUUAUAAGGCAGAUACUUCUCACAUUACCGCCUAUUUUAGAUAUGUUGGGACUUCUUUUUUUCUUGAUUAUUGUAUAUACUGUAUUAGGCUAUUAUAUGUUCAGUGAAAUGAAUAGAAAUUUUUCCACAUUGCAAGAUAGCUUCGUCAGUCUAUUUGUCCUUCUUACCACUGCUAACUUUCCGGAUGUAAUGAUGCCGUCGUAUUCGCAAAAUAAGUGGUACGCGAUAUAUUUUGUAUCUUAUUUAUGUACCAUGCUAUAUGUAAUGAUGAAUCUAAUGUUGGCGGUAGUAAACGAAACGUUUACGUCUCGCGAACGUGACAAGUUUAAGAAACUGUUUCUACACAAGAGAAAAGCGUGUCAGCAUGCUUUCAAGCUUCUGGUUUCCAAACAGGAUCCCGACAAAAUGCGAUUCCGUCAGUUUGAAGGUUUAAUGCGGUAUUAUGCUCCAAACAAAUCCAUACGAGACAUUGUUUUAAUGUUUUGCCAUAUGAAUACAUCGGGAAGUGGCGCCUUAAAUAGUGAGGAAUUUUUAUCAAUCUAUGAUGCUGCAACACUUCAAUGGGACUUACAAUAUUCUAACAUACCAUGGUAUCGAGCAACGGCGUGGCCUCUGCAAAUGCUGUGCACAGGUGCCCAUGUCGUUAUCAAAUGGUCAUACUUUGAAAUGUUGGUGUAUGUUAUUAUUAUUGGCAAUUGUAUCGCUAUGAUAAUAAGAAUCAUAGAACCGAGCAGUAGUCUUGAGGAAUCAGCACAUGGAUUCGCUGCAUGUUGGGACACUCUAUUGUUUGGAGGACUUUUUGUGGCCGAAGCAUUGUCGAAGAUAUUAGCUCUCGGUAUUCGAUGUUACUUGAAUUCAGGAUGGAAUCUCUUUGACCUGGGAACAUCGAUAAUGACUGUUGUUGCCGCGUGCGCUCUUAUUUUAUUUCCCUCAGCUAUAUUCCUGGUUAUAUUCCGGCCACUCAGAACAUUGAGACUAUUCAAGAUAAAGAAGCGCUAUCGAGACGUUUUUGGUACCCUCGUGAUUCUGUCUCCCCAGAUGUGUUCGACGGCGAUCGUUAUGCUGGUCUUGUAUUAUUUUUUCGCGAUUAUCGGGAUGGAAUUGUUCGCCGGAUAUGAUAUGCGGAAUUGCUGCAAAAAUACAACCGUCGAAGAUUUCUAUGAGUAUUCUGUCAAUGGUAGCACAGCGCUGGGAUAUUACUAUCUUAAUACUUUUGACAAUCUCUUAGCGAGUGGCAUAACACUAUUCGAAUUAACAGUUGUUAAUAAUUGGUUUAUACACAUGAAUGCGUACGCCGUUACCGUGGGCAUGUACACGAGAAUAUACUUUAUGAUAUUUUAUCUAGUAACGAUGAUCGUAUUAACUAUUGUAGUAUCCAGUUUCUUGGAAGCUUUUCGAUUUAGGAUACAAUAUAAAAAAUCGACUUCAAAACACGAUGAAGAAAAAAUGCUCCACGAGGAAGUGGAAUUAAAGUGGAAUGAAUUACAAUGCAUAAUUGAAGAUUUUAAAACUCUGGAAAAUCUGCGCAACUCUUUAGUCGUUGGAGGAAGCACUUUGUUCAUCGGUUCGCGACCGCGAACGCGAGAGGUUCUACAAAGAAAGAUGUAUACUCAUGAGAUAAACGAAUGGAUAGCUGAAGUGAAAACAGAAGAGAAGCAGUCGGUAUCUAACGUAGCGCAUAACAUAGAAGAUCCAAGUGAUAGUAUCUCUGAUUCAGAUCAUCUUGUAAUGAACGGCAAUUUACGCCAAUAAAACAAUAGUAUAUUUAUCUAGGAAAGACAAAGAGAAAUAGUGGCGUUACUUAUAGAUCGUAUUCUCAAAAUUAAUUUAUAAUUUUUGCUUAUAUUAGUGCAAGUGCAUUUAUUAUAUAAACUAUCACUCGCUUAAAUAUUAAUUUAAAGUUAACACAAAUAUUUUUUUGACAGGGUAAGAUAAUGUAUCGACCGACGAUAGAGUAAGAUAAUGUAUUAUGUGUCAGGUAAAAAAUCUUUUUUUACUAUCAAUAGAAUUCUAAGAGAUACGAUUAAUUAUAUCAUCAAGUUUUAAUAUAAAUGAGUAAUUUCUUUUAUAUUUAUUUUAAUACUAUAAACUAGUCGAACAAAAUGAUUGUUCUACUUAAAAAACAAUCUUUAUGAUGCCUUGUAUUGAUGCAUAU